AAUGUAUUACAUAAAUUUGGAUGAUUGGACGGGUUCGGUUCUUUGACCGUUUUGUUGUUCACAUCAACUACAACCCACACUUUUACAUAAAACGCACGUGCCUUUGACCUAAACGACGACUUCAGAACCUUCUGAAAAAAAAAAUAGAGUAUUUCUUCUAUUACACCACUUCUUGAAAAUUAAGAAGAAGAAAAACCCCAAAAUCUCAACACACGCACAAAAAAGUAAGCUUGUGUUGAGUGAGAGAUCGUGAAAUUGUACUUUCUGGAAGGAAGCCCAGGACGAUUGUUCAUCGCAUUCUGCUAAUUCAGUAAGAAUUUGGAUCUCAAAAUGCCGGCAAGUCGGCUUUUUUCUAGAAUCAAUACUUGGGAGCUAAAAUCACAGAUUGAGAGCAAAGUUGGGCGUUCAAAAGCAGAAGUGUACUUUAGUCUUUUGCAAAAAUACUUGAGCCUUAAGAUCAGCAAAGUUGAGUUUCACAGACUUUGCAUUAGUACAAUAGGGAGAGACAAUCUGAUUCUUCAUAAUCAACUCAUCAAAUCAAUUUUAAAAAAUGCAAGUCUUUCAAGGACACCUCCACCAAAAGUAAGCAAAGAAGCUGGUUCUUUCAGUGUUAAAGCUGCAAAUGUUAGCCAAAGAAAUGGCCUUCAGUCACUGUGCAAUGGAUUUCCCCAAUCACCUCGAAAGGGGAGGACCCCCAGUUACCGGGAUCGCAAGUUCAGGGACCGUCUAAGUCCUCUUGGGCCAAAUGGGAAGAGCCAUAACAUUACAUGUGAAGAUGUAACUGCUAGAACUCAAGAACACGAAAGUGCAACUGACUUGUUUCUUUUGGGUGGCGAACCCCCUUGCUCUGUUGAAGAUGGAGAAGAGGUUGAUCAGGCUGCUGGAAGCCCGGGCAUCCAUAGCAGGAGUCCUCUUACAGCUCCUCUUGGCAUCCCAAGAAAUGCUAAGAAGACACAGAAACUACUCCUGAAUGUAUCACCAUCCACAGCUUCCUUUGAUAUUUGUCUUAACUGUGGCCAGCUACCUGACACAAAUUUUCUUAGGAAGAGGCUGGAGCAAAAGUUGGAGGCUGAAGGAUUAAAGAUUACAGAAGAUUGUGUCAUCAUGAUGAAUAAUAGCCUUGAUGUUUAUUUGAAGAGAUUGAUAAAGCCCUAUUUAGAACUGGCUGGUUCAAGGUCUGGAAAUAAACAUGUAAACAAUGGACACAAUCAAGCACUGCCAGAUAUGAGAUUUGUAAAGGCACCUACCCAAGCCAGUUCAGCAUCCAUGAUAGAUUUCCGGGUUGCAAUGGAAAUGAACCCUUUGCUUCUCGGAGAAGAUUGGCCUACGAAGCUUGAGAAGAUUUGUUUGCAUGAAUCAGCGUACAAAACUGGGAGCAGAUAAGUGAUUGCUUCAGAUUCUUUUGCUGAGUAUAGACUUCUACUCAAGUGAACAUGAUUCAUAUACAAAUAGCAAAACCAUUCUAACAGUUAUCUUGACAUUGCAACUUUGCUGAGCAUUUCAAGUACAUAAUUAGAAUAAAGGCAUGGAGAUUUUCGAAACAAUAUUGUAUAUAGGAUUUUAAAGCUGAUUCAACCCUGGGGUGAGUGACAUGGUGAGGUAUAAACGUAAGGAAACUGCAGUAUAAUUAUAGCAAAUAGGUCAAUCUUAGCCUUAAAAAAGUCUUUUUAGCUUGUUUCCUCAUUUAUAUUUUCUUAUUUGUUAAUAAAUCUUGUGUUUUGAAUUUCCCAGGUGAUGGUUUUUCAGUUAUUCUUCCACGAAAUUUGAUUCUUUGUUACAUAAA